CAGCAAGAAUUCAUAGAAUUACACAUUCGUGUUAAUCUCUGGGGAUAGUUCGAUUGAUUCUAUCAUAUCUUUGCAAAGCCAGAAUCUAGUAUCGAGUAGAACCAUUCUAGCACACUAGUUUACAGACUUUGAGGAUUUCCAGGAGCACUUUCGAAAUGCUGUUUGCUUUAACCAUAGUUGUGUUAUCAUUCCUUGUUUUUCUGGAUUGGAUGAACAAAAAACGGCGAUAUGAUAUGUCUUCGUGGAUUCCAGGGCCAAUAGUCAUACCUAUCUUCGGCACCCAUUUUAUUUUCAAAAUAAGAAGUGCAAAAGAUCUUAUGCAAGUUAUUCUCGAAGCCAGUAAACUCUACGAUGGUUUAUCACGAAUUUGGAUCGGUAACAAACUAACAGUAAUGAUGACUCGGCCCAAGGACCUGGAGAUGGUUUUAAGUAGCACGAAACACAUCAAAAAGAGCGUUUUAUAUGAUUUUCUUAACUCAUGGCUCGGUCAAGGAUUACUAACAAGCACAGGAUCGAAAUGGCAUUCAAGGCGCAAGGUUAUUACUCCGGCGUUUCACUUCAAGAUCUUGGAACAUUUUGUAGAAAUCUUCGAUCAGCAAAGUACAAUUCUAGUCAAACAGUUGAGCAAGCACUCCAAUGAUGGGAAAGCUUUCAAUGUGUAUCCUUAUAUCACCUUAGCUGCAUUGGAUGUCGUUUGUGAAACUGCCAUGGGUGUCAAAAUAAAUGCUCAAAGUGAUUCUAACUGUGAAUAUGUCCGCGCGGUUACUGAUAUAACGGAAAUCGUGAUGCAUCGUUUCGCAAACACUUUCCUGCAAAAUGAUUUGGUUUUCAGUAUAUUUGCUCCAAAGGAAAAACAAAGGCUGAACGAAGCUCUCAAAGUGCUACAUGACUUCACCGAUACAGUGAUUCAACAAAGACGUAUUUCCUUAACACAAGAGCUGACUGAGAAAAAUGCAAAUGUCCCAGAAACCAACGAUGAUGACAUUGGAACUAAAAAGAAGAUACCAUUACUCGAUGUCCUGCUUCAAUCCCAAAUCAAUGGUAAACCGCUCACAAAUGAAGACAUCCGAGAAGAAGUCGACACAUUCAUGUUCGAGGGUCAUGACACCACCACAUCGGGUAUUUGCUAUGCGUUGCAUCUAAUAUCCCGUCACCCCGAUGUUCAGGCAAAAAUGUUCGAUGAGAUUCGUCAAGUCAUUGGAGACGAUCUAGAAAAACCAGCAGCCCAGAGUGAUCUUCAAGAGCUAAAGUAUGUUGAAUGUGUUAUUAAGGAGUGCCUUAGAAUGUUUCCACCAGUCCCAGUUGUUGCAAGGGAGUUCACAGAAGAUACAACUAUCCGUGGUAAUAGGAUCCCUACAGGAACUGAAUUGGCAAUACCAAUUUUCAUUAUACUGAAGGAUGCACAAUCUUUCCCAGAUCCUGAAAAAUUCGACCCUGAUCGUCACAAUCUUGAAAAUUCUGUAGCUAAACCAGAUCCUUAUGCCUAUAUUCCGUUCAGUGCAGGACCUAGAAAUUGUAUUGGACAGAAAUUUGCUAUGCUUGAGAUGAAAAGUACAAUAUCUAAAGUACUAAGGCAUUAUGAACUAUUACCGCUAGGCGAGGAUCCGGAUCCAGUAAUAAAUCUGGUUUUGAGAUCAACGAAUGGUAUUAAUAUUGGCAUUAAGCCAAGGGAGUACUAGCUUUUAUAUGAAUUUCAUGAAUAUUUUCUAUACUAAUAAAGAAAUGAUUGCAUCCAUUUGCAA